AUGUUUACCACUUUCGAUAUAACAACUUCGAAUUCCCUGUCCAGCGGGAAACCCCCUUCUCCACCAACCUCACAACCCCGCCCCAAGAGAGCUCAAGUCUCACGCGCCUGUGACUGGUGUCGCUUAACUCGAGUGAAGUGCGAUUCUACCCGACCUUGUCGGAACUGCAAACAAGCCAAGAGAGAAUGCGUAAACUCAGGUCGCGAUGACUUCAAAAGUAUUGCCGCAGCCACAAGAGAGGUUCAACGGCUGAGAAGUCAGGUGCAGCAGCUUGAGACCAAGCUCCUAAGCCCAUCUCCUUUGACUGAAAAUAGUGAUGCUGUGUGCAAACGCUCAGCAAGAUGGAAAGGGGUUCGAGUGAAUGGCAUUCAGUACGGUCCAUCCUCGCUGACGUACUUCACUCAUCGAUUAUCGUCUUUCACCAAAACGGAUUUUGAGACGAAUCUCCUGCCAACUCCAAAGCUACCAGCUCCUUCAUCUCCGCUUGACUGCGACCGACUGCAGCGUGAGCAACAAGACGCCUUACUCGACCUUUACUGGCAGGGCUACCACGCGAUUUAUCCAGUGCUCGAGGAGGCUGUUUUUCGACAACAUUACGACUCACUCUGGAGUGGCAAUGCGAAGAGACAGGCAUGCCCCCUGGUAGACAUUGUAAUCGCCUUAUGCAUACUGUUCGGCUCCUCAUACACAGCUUGUGAUAACGUCGUUGUGCCUGGCCAGCCUGGGUUCGAUUUCUACCUUCAGGCUCAGCAGGCGCUGGUGGACGAUUUGGAUUCUCCGUCUUUACAGUCAGCGCAAUGCUAUUUUCUCAGCGCUAUAUAUCUGUUGGCUUUGAAUAAAGAGAACUCGGCCUACAUGAUGAUUCGAUCUGCCGUAGCUGCAGCAGAAUCACUUGGCCUGCAAUUCGAUGACGACGGUAAUGAGACGCAAGACAGCGAGGGUUCAACUUGCGCGAAAACAGGUUCCCGGUUAUGGAGAUGCCUUGUCACAUUGGACACACAGGUUUCUCUGCAUUUGGGCCGACCCUUCGCAAUUUCAGAGCCCCGUCUGUAUGAGCGCAAACACCCAGAAUCUGAUAGUAUCGCUCAACUUGCCGGUCCAAAUUUCACCCUUUCGCAGUCGUCGGGUAUCAACUGGCUUCGCUUUCAGUAUGAGAGACAAGGCCUCUUUCAGGUCGUUCGUGAGAUUCAGACUGAAUUCGCGGCGGUGAUGGAGGAUGUUCUCUUGGAGAUUGGCCAACCCGACUUUUAUCAGCACCCCUCAUCACGAGAGAAGUGCGCAAAGUAUCUCUAUGAGCAGCUCAAGCGUCUCAAAGCCUGGGUUGAGAAACUGCCUGGAAGUUUAAAGACACCACGGGUACAAGGUGUACCCUUCUCAGUUGAUCGCUCGCCGCUCGAUCUUAGCCAGGCAGAUCCCCUUUGGCUACAAAGACAACGGCUAGUGCUGGAAUUGGACUACCAUUCCUUAGUGAUUAUGCUCACUCGAACGUUCAACUCAUUUCUACCAACGCCAGCACUCGGUAGUUUCAAUAGCGAUAACCACUGCAUUACUUGUGUGAACUCUGGCAUUAUGGUAACAAAUAUGUUGCACCAGCUCAGCAGGGAUUCCGGUAUUCUUGCUGGGUGCUUUCAAGUGUUUGACUGGCAGCGUACCGCCACAUUCGCUUUAGCUGGCUUCUCUUGCGGAUAUCCCAUCUGUCCAAUGUCCCCCACAGCGCGGAAGACGUUGACACUAGCUGCAAGGGUUUUUGAGAUGUUUGGAUCCCAAGCAGGUGUACAAUUAGCCAAUAAUCUCAAGACUAAAAGUUUGGAACUCGUCCAAGCUUUCAGCGCAAGGCUUGGUCUCGCUACACCCGCGACAACGCCAGCCAGUAACCAGAAAAGCCCAGAAACGGUGGAUAUUGUGGUGGAGCCGAGUAGCUAUCAGGUUAUGAGCGUUGGUGAGGAAGCCUUAUACAAUGCAGGGUUUGAUGCGACACUCAAUGAGGAUAUAUGGACUAUCGACACACCAGGUGGACUGCUCUGGGGUGAUUUGUUAAAAGAUUUGGAUUCAGGUUUAGUUUCAUCUCUUGGACAGGUUGGGGUUGAAGAUUGA